AUGUCACGAGCACAGCGCACGCCCGAAGAUUCCGGCAAAGUCGAAGAGAAUGCGGGCUCUGCAAAAACGCUCAAGCCAUCUGACACUCCUGGCGCUGCGCCGCCCGUGACGCGCCGGAGUCUUCCCGCUAUAUUUGGUGGUGCCUUUUUCAAGUCGCCCCCUGCCCCGCCGUCCGCGAACAGUAAAAGCUCGCGACGGCCGUCAGCGCGAGGUGUUGAUGCGUCCACGCCGGCACCAUCGGUGGCACAGGGGCAUGAAGGCAACUUGACGGAGCAGCAGCAGCAGAUUCUUGAUGCAUUUACCAAGGAGCUUGUUGAGAACAAGAUUAUCUCGCUAGAGAAUGCGCCACCAUACCAAACGACACAGCUUCUCCGCUUUUUGCGUGCGCGUAACUUUGACAAAAAGGCCGCGAUGGACAUGUAUGUACGCACAGAAGAGUGGCGCAAGAAAAUUGAUAUGGACCGCCUGUACGAGGAGUUCUCCUUUACUGAGCGCGCCCAAGUCGCCCGCUAUGGGUGGCGUAUGUAUUUUCACAAGACCGACCGCAUGGGUCGCCCGAUCUUCAUCCAAGACCUGUCCGGUCUUGAUACAGAAAAGGUGUUUUCUGUGACUACCGCCGAUCGCAUUGUACAGAACUUCGCCGUGACAUUGGAACAUGCCGUUCGAGAGCGCUACCUGGCAUGUACGGCGUCUGCAGGCCGCACCGUUGACGACAACUUGAUGAUUCUGAAUGUGCAGGGACUAGGCCUCAGCACGUUUUGGUCUAUGAAGAACAAGCUGCAAGAGCUGCUCGGCAUUCUCGAUAACAACUUCCCCGAGCUGUCGGGGCGCGUUCAGAUCAUCAAUGCCCCGAUGCUCUUUACGACGGUGUGGUCAUGCAUCAAAGGAUGGCUCCCGACGCAGACUGUCGAGAAGAUCGAUAUUUGCGACAGCGACUACAUGCCCAAAAUUCGUGCGUUGGUCGAUAUGGAAAACUGGCCUAAGCACCUCGGCGGCGCAUGUACAUGCGGGAGGGACAGCAACGAUAACGACGAUGACGACGACGCUCACGAAUCACGACCAGCAUGUGAAAUAAGCGACGCGGGUCCAUGGCCGAAACAGCCUGGUUUGUAG